ACUCCAAAAUGUGAUGUUUAUCUCGGUCAGAGGAGGAUGUUUCCCAGAUCGUGCAGCUGUGAUUUGGUGCACAGUUUGGUGAUUUUGCUUUAAGGAACACAACAAAAUCAUUUUGGAGGGAAAAAAGACAGGGUAAAAAUGGAUUUUGGUCACUAGCUUGGUAGAGAAAUCAAAUGUUUUUGGGGGGGGGCAAAAGAACCUGCAGUCUUUCCUAGAAAAAAGUUGGCUUUGGGGGGAGUUAAAAUCGACAUCUGUCACUUUGUGUGUGUGUCUGUCUGUCUUGAUACUUGCAGCAAACUCCUUUGGUGUCAUCUGAAAAAGCAGUGUGAUGUUUCUGUCUGUGGUGUGUAUGUGGGGCUGAAGCUGGGCAGCACUGAGGGGCGAUGCCACUGCUGCUCUCAGGUCAUCUUCUGCCAUACAGCGGUGUGUCUGCACUGCUCUGCAGCUCUGUGUCAGAUCUCUGAGCUGCGUGUAGCCUCAGUGCUGCCCUUAGUAUGCUUUAGUCAGUUUGUAUGGUGUCCCUGUUUAGAAAAGAUAUACUUCAGGAGAAAGGAGUUGUAUUGGUUAUUUUCACUUCUUAAAAAUGAAAUUUUGUAGAAAUUGGCAUAUGCAUUUUAAAUCGUCCUGGCCUGUAGCUUCCACGCUUUGCACUUCUAUUAAGGCUUUCCUUGAAGAGGUUUUCUGCUUUUUGGGGAGGAAGGCUGCUGUUCGAUUGGUGCCUUUGUCUGCUUUACUACUUGCAUGCAAAUGAGAAUGUAGGUUAGUUUUGGAAACCCUAAUCUGCAAAUAGUACUUUCUGUGUUUAAUGUUUGCGUGUUGCACAAACUGCAUGGAUGUGUCAGCUUUGUCUGAGCCUGGGUGACGGACCUGGGAAGCUGGAGAAAAAGAACAACUCCCUUGCAGUGCUCAUGAAAGGUAGAAGGAAAGCAUAGUUUAUAUUUUUUGUUUAAUGUCAACAAACCUCACUAUCUCAUGGGAGGCUUCUGCUGAAAUAACUGUGGUAUACGCAACCACAGGAGGUGGAAACUAACAUCCAGAAGUGAUUGACCGAGGGAAUGGGUAAAUUAGCAGUACGACAGACUGGUACCUUGCAGUUACUCUAGCAUUUCUCUCCUUCUCUUGUUACUGUAUUCUUGAAUUGCACUGUGAGUGUUUUGGAAUACAGCAAAUACUGUUGCUUCUGGUUGCGCUUCUGGAGUCUCUACUCAACUUGCUGUAUAUGCAGCUGAGUGAGGAGGGAUAGAGCCCUGACCGUGGUAAGAGUGAAAAUAACCCUUUACUAAUUAGCAUCUUCCAUUUAUUUUUCAUGUUAUAAAUUAAAAUAUACCACAGUAAACAAACCUUUCAGUUAGGAAGCAGCUUGAGCUUUUUAAACUUCCCUAUCUUCAAACUGUGGGGAUUAAUUUCAGUUUGGAAAUUGCAUCAGGAAAAUGUACCACUUUCUACUCUCCUUUCCUGUGGGUUCUGACCCACUUACCAUCUCCUUGGUCACUUUCACCCGUCGGAUCCGCUGGUGCUUCAGAGGCUCAAGAUGAUGGUGGUGCUGUGCCUUUCUGCCCUGCUCCUGCUGCUGGUUGGAGGCCUUUGUUUGCAGCCCCAGCUCAGUGUGAGUGCUGGGCAGGGCAGGGUGCGGUGGGUGCCCUCUGCUCCUUUGUAAUGGCAGUUCUGGCUUUGCACAGUCCCUGUGCAGGCCGAAGCCGGAUUAUUUUCUAAUUUCUCAACAGUUAAAUAAGUUUUGUUGAAUUGAAUAACUGGUGCAAUAAAUAUAUGAAUUAACUCUGCUUUCAAGAAUAUGCCACUUAAAAGGCUAGAAGAGAUGCAAUAAGACAAUGAGGCAUGGGUAACCACUUAGGUUACAGUCACACUUAGAGCAGAAUUCCUCUGGAGAAGACUGAAAAAAUAGACUGAAAAUUAACAUCUGACAAGCAGCCCUCUAAGAGGAAAUUCCUUCAGGAGAACUUCAUUCUUGAGAUUAAUUAAAUGAAAGAUUAGAAAAUCUCUAGAUAGCUGUAAGCUAUUUAAUAAAGCUGAAGUAAGCAAUUAAAAUACUCAGUUUUAGUUACCAGUAGAGGCAUUGCCUCCUUCCUGUGGUCUGGUUAUGUCGUUGUCUCCCCAAUGGUACAUGUGUUCUCCCUCCUUUUACAGGGAAGCUGUGUGUGCAGCUCAUUAUUGCUAUGUAUUUCUGCAGAAGGGUUUCAAUAAAAAAGCAUCCCUCUCCGGGUAAGGAUGUUGCAGAUAAUAACUUGUUUGGUGUUGGGAACACAAAUGCGGUCCUGAGAAAGUAGAAAUAAAAGUGCUUUGUAGGAAUUAUACUAAUGAGAUGUAUGUGAGAAUAGCUUGAAAGAGGAACUUGAUUAACAUCUGAGACUGGAGCUGACAUUUAGCCACCUUUGGGUAGACCAUACGCUGCUGAUAAAACUGCUCUUUCUUUCUUAAACCUCUGGUUUCUAUUUCUGAAAUAUAAUGACUUAAGUGUUUUUCAGUCCAUCUGUUCAGAAUCGAAGUUGCCAUUGUUCAGUGGAGUUGUGGUGCCACAAGUAAAAGGAGAAAGGUAGAAAAAAGGAAUCCUUAUGUGUUCUAACUACUGCUGUUGUACGCAGCUGCUUCAAAAUAGGAUGCUACUUAAGUCAUUAGGGAGGAGAGUUCUCUGCUGAGAUUCUUUCAGAGGUGCUCAUUGCCUUCCUCUUGUAGUUCUUGGGAAAAUAGAUGUGAUGUUCAGCAAAAAUGAAGGCAGAUUAAUACGGCAGCUUCUGAAGAUAAACUUCUUUAUGCUAUUCUAUUUUUCAGUUGUAAACAUAAAACCACGUUCUAAAAAUGUGCUUUCCAAACUUAAAUGACAAUAAUUAGUACUCAGGAAAAGCCACAGUCAACCCUUUUCUUUUGGCAGUGUAUAAAUAUCUUCAAAACAUUUGACGUUAAAAACACAAUCGAUUGUCAGGUUUUAACACAGAAACGCUAAAAGGGAAGAGAUGCCUUUCCUAAUGGCUGUUUAUUGUAUUAGUAAUAACUGUGUGUCUAAGUGGGGAAAAAAAACAAAUGUUGACUAGUAAUUACUAAAACAAAUCAGCUUCAUUUUUGUUGUUGCUUCCAAAGCAUGGAAAUAGGUUCCCCCUUUAGCCCACUUUGCUGUGUUCAAUACAUAGAAAACAAACCAUGCUUUGGAGGCCUCACAUCUCUGCAGUGAGGGUGGAGUUCCUCAUGAGAUGGUGGACCCAUCUCCUUCCAGUGCCCUGACACUGCCUCAAGGUGUGUUAAGAAUUGACAACAUAGGGAAUGAAUGCAUAUGAAUGAAGGCAUUAGGGACCCCAGUCUCAAGCCUUUCAUGCGUUUUCUGUACUUGCAGAUAAUUAUUAGGAGUAUAUAUAUAGUAAACAUUGUUAACUGACAUGACCUAAAAUCAAUAGAGAGUUUAGCUUAAGAAGUGUUUCUUCAGUGUGUUUUGAUCUAAUUGUUGCAUAUUGCAUACUUAGAUAUAUCUAUACACAUGCUGAAUAAAAUAGUUUCAUCCUGAUCUGUAGUAGACAAAAAGAUGGAGUGACAACACUUGAAAAUCUUUGAUAGCCAAUUCAUAUUUUACAGCAGAACACCUUUCAAGAGUAUGGUAAGAGUUUUGAAACAAUAAUAGACAAAUCCUCAUGCUCAUGCUUCCAAGUUGGGAGUGACAGGGAAACGUAUCCUAUAUAUUGCUGUUGUGCUAUAGGUAAUCAUUUCCACCAAACAUCUUACAUGCUGCGCUUCAGAAAAAAAGUUGAAACGUUCUGUUGACCUUCUGAAACUUCUUUUGGCAAUGCUGAGCUUUCCAUUUAUUUUGUCCCUUGUUUAACAGUUUUUUGUGUGUGUUUUCAAAAGCACUUCCAUUCACCAUUCAAGGGAUUCAAUAGAAUUCUAAUAGGAACUGCACAUAAAUAACUACAGAGAUCAAUGCUCCAAUUCAGCCAAGAGUUUUUUUUUUUGUGACUUCAAAAGCCACAAGAGCAUUUAUUAUUAGAAACACACAAUUGACUUUUCUUGUAUUAUCGUUUUGCAUGGUGAUUUGAUUUUUACCACCACAACAAGAUGUUUGACAGUUUCAUUUGAAAAUGAUGUAUUUACAUCUUGCGUCCCACGGCAGUUUAAUUUUUAUCUCUUCUGUGGAGCCGCAUUCAUGUCCAUGUGCAUGAUCAGCACUCUGCAAAGAUCCAGCAAAAUACUCACUCGGAAAUUUUUCCUCAAAGGUCAACCAAAUGUUAAGCACAGUGUCCUAUUUGUGUAUUGUAAUGAAAACUGUAAAAGAAAUUUUUGAAGUAUGAGUUGUCGAAUUAAUUUUUGUAUUUCCGACUGUAUUGAUGGAACUCAUGCAAUGUACAGCACACCCAGAACUGUUCCUGAGGCUUUCUCCUGUGCCCGGAGGCUCAGCCCGUGGCUGUCGGGAGGUGCCUUUACCAGUGCUGGUCUUACUGCACCUUGGGCUGAGGGAGCUCCCACAGUCCUGGUCCUGAGAUAUUGGGUGGGCUAUAGAAAGCCAGAUGGCCUCAGUGAGGUACUUCCAGCACUCUAGAAGCUUCAGAAAGUUGGUGCAUUUUUCUGUAGAAGCAGCUGGAGAUGGCUAACAGGGAAAGUAUGGUGUGAAACACAGCUGUGGCUUCAGUCAUGCUGGCUGCUUGGGAAUGUGGCUUUUCGGCAGUUCCUGUGUGCGAUUUCAGGCAGGUAAUGGUAUGGUUUUAUCACCUUGGGUGGAGUGCAUACCCAGGGGGAAAUGGAGCUUUGUUCUGGUUGUUAGGAGAGCAUUUGUCCAUCAGUGGGUGUUUCCUGCAUCAAUGUUUUGGUUUUCACAGUUGCUGAUACUUUGAAAAAAGAAAUCAAGUUACCAACAGGGGCUUCUAGAUGGCAAUAGCCUUCCCUAAGCCCUCCGAUCAUCUCAUCCCUGCUCACCAGCCAGUCCUAUGCUACGAGAAGAGGAUGCAGCUGGGGCUAGGAGCUGCUCUUUGGAGUUUCAAUUUUGGAGGAAGCUGACGCUGACACUUUCCCCACCACUGCCCCAGUUACCUCAAGACAGUGACCAGCACAAGUGUGUUCUGACACCUGAGAAACACUUGUCAACCAUGUGGAGAGACCCUGUGUGGACAGUAAUGACCGCACGUUUCCGAUUGCCUGCUGGCAGAACCUACAAUGUACGAGCAUCUGAGCUGGCACGAGACAGGCAGCAUACGGAGGUGGUCUGCAACAUUCUUCUCCUGGAUAACACUGUACAGGCUUUCAGAGUUAAUAAACACGAUCAGGGACAAGUUCUGUUGGAUAUAGUCUUCAAACAUCUCGAUUUGACAGAGAGAGAUUACUUUGGUUUACAGCUGGCGGAUGAAUCCACUGAUAACCCUAGGUGGUUGGAUCCAAACAAACCUAUCAGGAAACAAUUAAAAAGAGGAUCUCCACACAGUUUGAACUUGAGAGUUAAGUUUUUUGUAAGUGACCCAAACAAGCUCCAAGAAGAAUAUACAAGGUACCAGUAUUUUUUACAAAUUAAACAGGACAUUCUUACUGGAAGAUUGCCCUGUCCAUAUAAUACUGCUGCUCUUCUGGCUUCCUAUGCUGUUCAAUCCGAGCUGGGAGACUACAACCAUUUGGAAAACCUGCCAGGCUACCUCUCAGACUAUUCUUUCAUCCCUGGCCAGCCUCAAGACUUUGAAAAAGAGAUAGCAAAGUUACAUCAGCAGCACAUAGGGUUGUCUCCUGCAGAAGCGGAGUUUAAUUAUCUCAAUACAGCACGUACCUUAGAACUCUAUGGAGUUGAAUUGCACUAUGCAAGGGAUCAGAGUAACAAUGAAAUAAUGAUUGGAGUGAUGUCAGGUGGAAUACUGAUCUUUAAGAACAGAGUCCGAAUUAACACCUUUCCUUGGUUGAAGAUUGUAAAAAUUUCUUUUAAAUGCAAACAGUUUUUUGUUCAACUUAGGAAAGAAUUGCAUGAAUCCAGAGAAACGUUACUGGGCUUCAAUAUGGUGAAUUACCGAGCAUGUAAGAAUCUGUGGAAAGCCUGUGUUGAACACCACACGUUCUUCCGUUUGGACAGACCGCUUCCCCCUCAGAAGAACUUUUUUGCACAUUAUUUCACUUUGGGUUCAAAGUUCCGGUACUGUGGGAGAACAGAGGUCCAGUCUGUGCAGUAUGGCAAAGAAAGAGCAAACAAAGACAGAGUAUUUGCAAGAUCCCCCAGUAAACCCUUGGCACGGAAAUUAAUGAGUGGGAUGGACUGGGAAGUAGUGAGUAGGAACUCACUGUCUGACGAUAGGUUAGAAACCCAAAGCCUUCCAUCACGGUCUCCACCUGGAACCCCAAAUCAUCGCAACUCCGCCUUCACUCAAGAAGGAGCUCGGUUACGACCCUCCUCAGUUGGACAUUUAGUGGACCAUGUAGUUCACACUUCACCAAGUGAAGUGUUUGUGAACCACAGAUCUCCAUCUUCCACCCAGGCUAACAGCAUAAUACUGGAAUCAUCACCAUCUCAAGAAACUCCUAUAGAUGGGCAGCCUCCUGCAUUACCACCCAAACAAUUUAAAAAGAACAGUUGGAACCAAAUUCAUCAUUCACACUCACAGCAAGAACUGGAUAACCACAUCAAUGAAACAUUUGAUGUUCCUGCAUCUCCUGAAAAGUCCACACCCAAUGGUGGUGUUCCCCAUGACAAUCUUGUUAUGAUCAGAAUGAAACCAGAUGAAAAUGGAAGGUUUGGCUUCAAUGUAAAGGGUGGAUAUGAUCAGAAGAUGCCAGUAAUAGUGUCCAGGGUAGCUCCAGGAACACCUGCUGAUCUUUGUGUCCCUCGUUUGAAUGAAGGAGACCAGGUUGUACUGAUCAAUGGCAGGGAUAUAGCAGAACAUACCCAUGAUCAAGUUGUUAUGUUUAUUAAAGCUAGCUGUGAGAGGCACUCAGGGGAACUUGUGCUCCUCGUUCGACCCAAUGCUGUCUAUGAUGUUGUGGAAGAGAAACUGGAAAGCGAACCUGACUUCCAAUACAUCCCUGAGAAAUCUCCACUUGAUGGUGUCCAUCAAGAUGAUAAUGCUCUGAGGGAAUCCAUGAUUCAGCUAGCAGAGGGGCUUAUCACUGGAACAGUUUUAGCUCAAUUUGAUCAACUGUAUAGGAAAAAGCCUGGAAUGACAAUGUCUUGUGCCAGAUUACCUCAAAACAUUUCCAAAAAUAGAUACAGAGACAUUUCGCCUUAUGAUGCUACACGGGUUAUUUUAAAAAGUAAUGAAGAUUACAUCAAUGCAAAUUAUAUAAAUAUGGAAAUCCCUUCUUCCACAAUAAUAAACCAGUACAUUGCCUGUCAAGGUCCAUUGCCGAACACUUGUCCUGAUUUUUGGCAGAUGACUUGGGAACAAGGCUCAUCUAUGGUUGUAAUGUUAACAACGCAAGUUGAACGGGGCAGGGUUAAAUGCCAUCAAUACUGGCCAGAGCCAUCAGGAAGCUCAUCGUAUGGAAAUUUCCAGAUUACCUGCCAUUCAGAAGAAGGAAAUCCUGCUUAUGUCUUUCGAGAAAUGACAUUGACUAAUCUGGAGAAAGAAGAAAGCCGCCAGCUGACCCAAAUUCAGUACAUAGCAUGGCCUGACCACGGGGUUCCUGAUGAUUCCAGUGAUUUCCUAGAUUUUGUGUGUCUCGUGCGGAAGAAGCGGGCUGGCAGAGAAGAACCUGUUGUUGUUCACUGCAGUGCUGGGAUUGGACGGACAGGAGUUCUUAUCACUAUGGAGACGGCAAUGUGUCUCAUUGAGUGCAAUCAGCCUGUUUAUCCAUUAGACAUUGUACGAACCAUGAGAGAUCAAAGAGCCAUGAUGAUCCAAACACCUAGUCAAUACAGAUUUGUGUGUGAAGCUAUUCUGAAGGUGUAUGAAGAAGGAUUUAUUAAACCUUUACAAGCAUCACCACAUAAAUAAAGAGCAAAAAACCUAGGAUAGAAAUUGAGGAACCCUGUCCUCUAAAUAAUGAACUGGCAGCAUUCUUUGUGCCAUAAUACUGCUUGCAGGAAACGAUAGUGAAGUACAGCAAAGAAUUGACAAAGGACUUUGAAAACUUCAGCACUGUUGCACUUUACAUUGAAACAAAAUCAGUCUCUGAAACUCUUCUACUCUUCAUCUGUUUGAAGACUUUAUUUUCGUGCUUUGCUCCGAACAAACCGUAAACUGAAAGAACUAAUUGUGUUCAGGGUAAUCUACGAGAUUUCAUUGUAGUGCCAUAUACUGCGCUUCUGGUUGAAUUGCUACAAACAAGGCUUGGAAUUAUUUCACUCUGUUUUACACCCAUGUCUCUUAAAAAUGAAAAACAAACGAAAAAAUACACUAAGCCAUGGUCUUUCUCCAGUGCUAGGUUUAUUUACUAUGUACAGACUCUCACUGUUUUGUUUUUUACAACAUUAGCAAUAUUGCCGAUACUAGAUAGAUACACACUGCCUACUGAUGCAGCACACUUUGUCCUACACCCUUCUUAGAGACCAGCUGGUUGUUAGAGGAGAGCUGGCGUCCGUGUUAACCCAGCAGUAGCUGCAUAAUGCCCACUUACCAGCAUCUUGUUUAAAAAAGAACAAAGAAAAAAGAAAAAAAAAAGAGAAAAGGAAAAAAAAAAAAAGAAAAAAGACAACAAUAAUAAUAAAAACUUAAAAAAAAAAAUAAACAGCAUUUCUUUGACACAGCUUGUGUGUCAUACACUGGUGUAUUCUGAUUCAUGUGACUUAAGAUUACGUGAUGGGAGCUAGUGCAUGCAUUAUGUCUUAACCCCUUAAGUGCCUUGAGACUUACAGCGUACAUCCAGUGAAAGGCACUCAUGAUUCUGUGGGGGUGGUCUUGUCCUGUUGUGUUUAUCUUAAUGGGUUCAGAUUUUAAACGGCCCUUGGUGCUUGGAGUAUGUUACUGCAAGGGGUCAUGGAGAUUCCAUUCCCUCUUUCCUUAUACAAUUACCUGCGUGCUACGCUCAGUAGCAAAAGCAUCUCUGCCAACUUAAUGAAUGAGCAUUGUUUGCUGCUGUGUUGUAAUUACGUGAAAAAUCUGACACAUUCCUUUAUUCCUUACGACUAGUAACUUACUAGCGGCCUACUAUGAAAUGCUAGUAGGUCAUUAGAAGCUGAUACUUUGUUUUAUCCUUUUAUUGAGAAUAGCUGUCUUACUCAAUUAGAACAUAACUCUUUAAUAGCACUGAUAAUUAAGUUGAACUUACAAUCAGAUGUGAUUUAAUUCCAUUAUUUGCUAACCAAGUGUUUUUUAAAUCCUCAUAGUUGAUUUCAAGCCAUUUUCGUACAGGUCUGCCUUUUGUUUUUCUAAUUGUUUGGGGAGGGUGGGAAGGGAGGCAAACACUAUAAUGCUGUCCCACAACUCCUUUAAUUCCACGGUGGUCCCGGUCACCCUCUGUCAUGCUUGUGCAAAGUUGUUCCAGUUGGUAUGGGUUGCCUCUUAUUUAAGUAGGUAUAAGAUUUGUAACAAAUGUCUGAUACAGUAUCUGAGCUCACUCUAAAGACAUAGAUAGGUCCCAGUUCUUAAUAUUUUUUUUUCCAACAUAGGAGAAACCCAAGUCAGAAGCAAGGUGUCCGAUGUAAUAUACUGUAAGAAAACACGAUCAGUCACUUCUUUGACUGCCCUGCAACAACAUAACUCUGUGUCCUCUAUUUAAAAACCUUAAUUUAUUGGUUUCCUGAAAAUGUCUAUCCAGUAAAUUUUGUUAUAAGCUAUAUAAAGCAUAGAGCUGGGAUGGAAAGUUCUACACUAAAGUUUUUAACUAUUGAAUAAUUAUAUAAUAUACGGUGUUCUGUGGACAUCUGAAAGAGAUCAGCUAUGAAAUAUGAAGUGAAAAGGGAUUCAGGCAAAGUGAAAUCCUGGCUUAUGACUUAGUAAUACACAUGAACCACAAUGCCAAAUGGAAAAUAUAGUUUUAAUUAUUUUUAGAAUACAAAAUAAUAAUAGGUGGCCUGUGGCCCUCUUACUUAUAUUUCUAGAUUUGAUGCCUAAAUCGAUGUUUUUCUUCAGUGAAAAAUGAAUCUUACGAGUAUCUCUGGAUCUGAUAAAUGGGAAAAGAGUGAUAAAGUAGCUUUAAUCUCAGUUUCAUUUUAAGCCAUUUGCAACAACAACAAAAUCUUCUGUAUUAAAUUUAAAGCUUUAACUUUCUUAUCGUGAGAUUAUUAGCUGAGAUGCCAGCUAACUGGAAGCUUAUUUUGAAGUCAGCACUUAAUAACUAAAGUGUAAAAUAAUUCAUCCAUUAUAUUGAAAUACACUUUUUUCACAGUCAAAUUAUAAAGAAAAAUAUCAUUUGCCCCCUUUUUCCUGAGGGGAAUGAGAAACUAAGUUUAUAGCAACAUGAAUAGUGUUGGUAUGUCACAUAUUUAACUACUGUUAUGUGAAGCUGCCAAAGCAGUUUGAGUUCAAAAUACCCAUUUAUACCACAAUUACACGUGGGAUAUUUAGUGGUCAUCUGUCAGUACUGCUCUGAUUGCAAAUACAGGUGAGAAUACAAACUUAGAAUCUUCCUCUGCAUUGACUUAAGCUGAUCUGCUGUUGUGUAUUAACUAGUUGCACUGGAAAAAAGAAUGAAGCAAACUCAGAUAAUUGGUCAUCAGCUAAUCAAUGGCUUUUUGGCUUCUGGAAAGCCAGCGGAAUGGGAACCAAAAGCUGCUUGGGAAAGAGAAGGCUGAAGCCUUCCUGCGCCAUAAGUCAUUCACUCAGAUAUUUGUUGUGGUAUAAAUGGCCUUCACGAUAUUUUUCCAUGGCCAAAAAACCAAUAUCAAAUUGCUAAAUAUUUGACUUUGGGUUAUGAAGAUCUGUAUCAUCGUUCAGACUUUCUGAAGAAGUUUUUGUAUGUUUCAUGCUGUACAAAACAUGAAUGUAUCUUUGGGACGAAAUGAACUGGAUGUGAUUGGUGUUACGACUGUUGGAUUUGACGGACAAUUAUUUUCAUACCAUUUGAUUAGGAAAAAUACUGGGUGGGUGGAGAAAGAGUAUGUUUGUAAUGCUUCCAUGAUACAGAUCCAGCUUAAAAAAGAAAUAAUGAAGUUUCCAUUGUAAAUAAGAGCAAUAUUAUGAGAGUUUUGUGCCAAUGUAUAACAUCGAGACUUUUUCCUUUUCAGUUCAAAUUCAAAACUACCACUACCAUCUCUUGUUUAAAGUGGACGUGAAGGUUUUUCUGUCAGCAGAAAAAUGAGGUUCUUGAGAAGGCUUUGCGUGUUUUGGGGGGCAUUUAUAACUUCUGCUAAAUAUGAAAUAAGAUGCUGGUAAAUCACCGACACAUUGUCAGCCAAUCCCUUCUGAGAAAUGCUGCUUUACAUACACCAGAGAGCUGAAAACUUCAUUUAUCCUGAAUUUGAAGCAUUUGGUGAUUUAAACAGUGUGCGUGUCUGAAGCAGCAAGCCGCUGCUUUGAGAUAUUCCCUCCUACUUCUGAAUAACAGUUUGAUUUUAUUGCACCACAUUUAAUGCUAACUGAAGGUUCUUCUGCGUUUCUCUGUUAAAUGUUGGAAGCUUACAUCUCAUGUAGGUAAAACAACAGCGCUUCAUCUAGAAUAGCUGAUUGUGGCCUGGUGCACCAUCCGAGAGAGAGGAGGUGAGAAAGCAGUUGGGAUAUGAAAGUACGUGAGGAGUUUGUUGUGGAACCUGGCAGCCUUCCUUGGAGAGCUUCUGGAAAGCUGUGUGGUACCCACGGAGGCCAAGACCCAGCAGUACUGCCCGGGGAGAUGGGAAGUAGAGAAGGUCCUGCAUAGUGAUGCCAGACCUCCAGUUGUGCCGUGGAGCUGAACUACGUGAUAUCUUUAUGCUUGUGUAGGUGUGUGGGCGAUGGUUGGUGGCUCAGGGAAUUAGUAUGAGUGUGAAAAAUACUCUACAGAUACCAGGUUGUCCAAUACUUACGGUGUAGCUGUGACUGUAGAGCUGUUACUGCAGGCAAUCUGAAGGGCCCUGAGGAUAAAGGAAGGAAUUGGAAUAUUGUCCAAAUUCAAGAUCUGCUUAUUAGGAUUUUCACACAGGACAGGAAUGGUGCCUUCUUAUGGCAUUCACAGUCGUUUUGUACUGUGCAGGUCCCCAGCAGGCUAGGUGUAUUUUAGAACCCACCUUUUAUCUUCCAUUGCUACUAUCAGUGCUGGGGUCUAAUAUCAAAAUCUGAGAAAAAGAUGUUCACUGAUGAAACGUAGAUCUUGCAUGAAAUUGCAGUUUGUACUUAGUUGGUGAUUGGGAAGCUGUUACAAGGAGAAAGGAGUCGGUUUGUUUUAGUGUAAUGUUUUGUCCAAUCUCAUUUAUCUCCAUCACCGCUGCAUUUCAGCUCUGUGCUAGCUGCUGCCACCAGUGUGCAUCUGCAGUUUGUUGGGCUUCUCCAGCUACAGAUGGAAGCAGUGCAUAACCUGCAAGCUCCCGCUGCUCACUGGGGCAAAAAAUACAUCCUCUUUGUUUUCUCUAAACCAUCUCACCUAAAAAAUGGACUAAAAUAUCCAUCAUUCCUGUAUUCUGUAAGAUGAAGUUUGGUUUUAGGGGCUGGCUGACAGUUUGCUGGUGGUGGUAUUUCAUAUUUAGCAAGCUCACGUGUUUUAAAGGAUGAUUUUUCUCAAAGUGUUUUGAUGUUUGAAUGGUAGCACUUUAUCUCAUGCUUACUACUGACUGAACUAUCAGAGAAAAAUAAAUUGGGUUUGCAGAGA